AUGAAAAUAUAUUUUAUUGUUGCAUUAAUUGCUUUAGGAUUUAUAAGCACAUCAGCAUUUGAUGAUAGAAAGUUAACAUUUGAUGAGUGGUUUAGCGAUGUUUCGGCUAAGUAUCAAGGCAUACCAAGUGACCAUCCAUUUUCAAGACAAAUCAACACUAUUCAGCGUAAAAGAUAUUGUAUGAACAAUGCAGUUGUGUAUUGGAGAAUUAAAAGCAAAAAGUUAAAUUAUCCAGAAGCUAUGAUUUUAAUUUAUGGAUCAGCUAUAAGUUGCUUAGAAGACAAAGAUAAACUUGACACAUUAAAGCAAAUGAUUAAGAGUUUAGUUGAUUUCUACAGCACAACAAUCCAAAAAGAACAUAUUGAAUGCUUCAAAAUGGAGUUACAAAAAAUAGAUCCAAAUUCAUAUUUACUAAAACGUGACCCCUUCAAUACUGCUUCAAUGACUCUGGAUAGCGAUACAUGCAAAAAAAUUGUUGACACGGAAGGACUUGAUGAUCAUAUUUUAAAGUUUCAAAAUCAAUUUGGAAGUUUGUUGACUUUGUCAUGUGAAAAUGACAUUAAAAAUGAGAUUAAGAAGAUUUUAUUGAAUAUUGUAAUUUUGUCAGAUCCAAACAUUUAUGAGCAUAUUAAAAAAUAUGGAAUUCGAACCACAACAGAAUCGAUGCAGAAGAAGCUCAAUGCUGCUUUCGAUUGUGUUAAAAAUAAAAUUUAA